CAGCCCAGCGGCUCCCGGGAACUUCCCAAGGGGGUACUCGCGUCCCUGCGCGCGUGCUGCUCCCAGGCUCUGGGCAGCUCCCACGGCUCUGGGCAUUCCGUGGGGGCUGGUCCAGCUCAGCCCUCCCAGCAGCCGCCUCCGCCUCCUCCAUCACCGCCUCGCGCCCCCAAAAAAGGGCAAGAGAAAGAAGGCUCGGCCGGCGUGAUGGCCCUGAGUCUCGGGAUCCAACUGCAGGUCCUGCUGCUUCUGGCCGGCCCGGGAUUGGGAGCCCCGCCCAGGGCAGGAGAGCUAAGGAGAGAAGCGAAGGUGUUCUUGGAGAAGUACGGGUACCUCCGUGAGCACGCCCCGGAAGCUUCCAGCUCCACCCAGCUCACGGAUGCCAUAAGGGAGUUCCAGUGGUUGUCCCACCUGCCAAUCAGUGGGCUGCUGGACACCGCCACGAUGCGCCAAAUGACCCUGCCUCGGUGUGGGGUGGGUGACACGGAAAACCAUUCAGCUUGGACUGAGAGGCUCAGUUCCCUAUUUGCUGGACGCCGAGCCAAGAUGAGGCUCAAGAAACGCUUCGUGCAGCGAAGAGGCAAAUGGUACAAGCACCAUCUUUCCUACCGCCUGGUGAACUGGCCCGAGUACCUGCCAGAGCCAGCGGUUCGCCGGGCCGUGCGGGCAGCCUUCCAGGUGUGGAGCAAUGUGUCUUCCCUGGAGUUCUGGGAAGCACCAGCGUCGGGUCCCGCCGACAUCCGCCUCACCUUCUUUCAGGGCGACCACAACGAUGGGCUCAGCAACGCUUUUGAUGGGCCAGGAGGCGCGCUGGCCCAUGCCUUCCUCCCUCGGCGUGGGGAGGCACACUUUGACAGGGACGAACGCUGGUCCUUCAAAAGCCGCAGGGGCCGGAACCUGUUUGUGGUGCUGGCCCAUGAGAUCGGCCACACACUGGGACUGGGCCAUUCCCCUGCUCCAAGGGCUCUCAUGGCCCCCUAUUACAAGAGGCUGGGACGGGACUCUGUGCUGACCUGGGAUGAUGUCUUGGCCAUCCAAAACCUGUAUGGACAGCCCCUGGGGGGCUCAAUGGCUGAACAGCUCCCUGGAAAGCUGUUCACCAAUUUUGAGGAGUGGGACUCCCACAGGGCCUGGGACAGGAAAUCUGGAGCUAGAGGACCCUAUUACUGCCACUCUUUUUUUGACACCAUUACAGCAGACAAGGACCAUCGAGUCUACAUCUUUAAAGGAAACAGUUUCUGGGAGGUGGCAGCUGAUGGCAAUGCUUCAGAACCCCGACUCCUGCAGGAGAAAUGGCCCAGUCUGACCCCCGACAUUGAGGCAGCUGCUGUGUCCCAGGAUGAUGGAGACUUCCACUUCUUCAAAGAGGUGCUGAUGUUUGAGACAGAGGACCUGGUUCUUAGGAAGAAUGAAAAACAUGUGGUCUUGUGCCUGCUGGAGCUUGGACGGCGAGCCUGGAGGUUUGGGGUGGCAGCGCCCACCCUGGUGCAUCUGGAGGAGGAGAUUGAGGAGGAGCUGAGGCAGGAACUGGCUCUGCCUCCACCUGACCCUCCGCCACCAGCUCCCCCUGCCCGCCGAGCCUGCCAUUUCAAAAACUUGGACCAAAUGGUGCAGAACCUGGUGAGUCACUGUACCUGUCCUGUGCAGUUCUCCAUGAUCAAGGUGUCUGAAGGGAAAUACCGAGUCGGGGAUUCCAACACACUCAUCUUUGUCAGAAUCUUGCGAAAUCAUGUGAUGGUCCGAGUAGGGGGUGGCUGGGACACACUAGGCCACUACCUGGAUAAACACGACCCCUGCCGAUGUACCUCUCUCUCUCACAAGAUGGGCAGCCCCCAGAAACCACAGAUUCCCCCAGUACAGCAUGAGGUGAGAGUACAAGAGGACUCUACACAGCGUCAGCCCAUUCUGACCAUCAGCCGCUCCCAGAGCCCUCUGCCCCCAGUGGAUUGGAAGACAUACACUCCCCUAGGCCGCAAGCUUCGCCCUCCUACUUCCUGUUCCCCAAGACCUCACAGUAGGUGGGGGGCAAGCGUAGGGUCUCCAGAAGAGCCAGCUGCACCUCAGAGGAGCCGGGAAAGAUCAACCACCCCAUCCCGUCAGCUGUCAACAGCUGGAGAUGUGUCCUCCAAAUCCCAGUCCUCACUCACACAAAUCCCAUCCUGUCAGCAAUCACCAGCUGGAGACAUAUCCCCCAAAUCUCAGUCUUCACUUACACGAACUGGCCGGGAUUUGCAGCGGGUUCCUUUAGGACAAUGGAAAGGCAGAUGCUCCCCUGAGGCGCCCAGGGGAGGGACCCCUACCCACUGGAGCCCUGGAGAGAUGGCUCCACAAGGAAGCUGGGUCCCUGAUCCUACUCUUCAAAAGGUUCCAGCACUUGAGGUGGCUCCUAAAGACCCAAUGAGAAGAGUUCUCUCUACCCUACUUUGUUCCUCCAAUCUAUCCAAGCCCUUUACCCUCAAACAAUCCCUUCUGGGUACUGGGAAGCCUUCCCAGGAUCAGGCACAAGGAGCCAUUGCCUCCCAAUUGAAGGACCCUGGAUUUGUCCAUUCCUCUUCCCCUAUUAAAGGUGUCGCCAAGAUCCCCAUGUGCUCAGCUCCCAGUUGCCCACUUAUACCAAGGAGGAGUCCCUCAGAAUCUGGAAACUGUAUCCCAGCUCCCACAACAGAAAGAGAGAGAGACUCCACAACCAUAACAGUUAGAGCUGGAGGAAGAAGCACCCCUCAGCCCAGAAAUGGAAGUCACAGCCUAGAGGUGAGGUCAAGAGGCCAAGAUCAGACACUAGGCACUGUGACAGAGGCUGGAAGAGAUCACCCACCCAGGUACCAGCAUGAAAGAAAGACACUCCCUGCUCUGCCCACUGAUGAGGCCAAAGAACAGGCACUGUACCAGAGCCUGGAAGAUGAGAUCUUGACCAAUAUCAAGGUGCUAGAAGCCAGAGGGGCCCAUGCAGGAGUGAUCCCCUGCCCCACAGAGCCCCCAGGAAUGCACAUUCCUCGAAGUGGUGUAUAUGUUCCCCACCCUGGGGCACGGUGGCCAGUGCCUGGGGCUACUUAUGAUAGUGUCAUCCGAGAGUUGGCUCUAGAGCCCCCAGCCCUCCUAAAGGUGGACAUGAGUGGCUGGGGGACACCUCCCAUGCAUACUCCUGAGCUAGACACAGCCCAAAGCAAGUGUGACUCAGAGGGAAAGGGGAGCUUGGAAGAGAAUGGGAUGGGUAGGAAAGCUGAUGCAGGGGUAAGAGGUACAAAAGUGAAAAGAACACCAGCUCUAGGAGAGCAAGGAGCUCAGUCCAGAGCUCCACUUCCUGAGGCCAAGGGCAAUGAAGUACCUCAACCCAUACCCACCUCUGAUUUGGAAAAGUCCAAGGCACCCACAGGGAAAGGCAGGAGGAUGUUGAAGAAACCAGAGAGGAUACCAUCCAUUUAUAAGCUAAAGUUGAGACCCAAGAUCCGACCUCGACGAGACCACCGUCCAGAAAAGCGGCCCUCUCGGAUUCCCACUCCCCUGGCCUACCGCCAGAGCCGAGCCAGGGUGCCUGCCACCACUCCUAGGUUGAGGGGUCCGCUGGGCAGUACAGGAGAUGGGGCUUCAGUGGAUGAGGAAGAGAUCUCCCCAUCAGAGCUCAGCACUGAAAGCCUGGGACCACAGCCAGCUGGUCCAUCCUGGCUCCCAGAGGAUGAUGAGGAGUCUUGGGUCUGAAGUGGUAUUCAACCUCGGUCACCCCCUCUGCUCUGUGUGUGGAGAUAGGGAAAGGCAGGAACAAGGGUGUGGUGUUGCUGACUUUCAGAUUUCUGACCCUCCCACCCACCUCUAGAAGGUGGGAAAUUUCCCUCCCUCCACUCUUUGCCCCAGGAUUUGAGCUAAAAAGGCCAAAGUUGAGAUAUUGCUUUGAUCCAUUCUGUUGUGCAAAGGACACAACCCCUUCUCAUGAUCAUACCCCAUUUUGGAAGGUGGCAGGGGAAACUUUCAAACCAUUCUAUAACUCUUGUGGCUCCCACUCUUAUCCUCCGAGCAGGAGCUAUUUCCUGACUCUCUUCCUUUUAUCUCCAGACCUCUGCAUCCAGCCUGAGUCUCCACUCCCAAUUAAAUGAUUAAAGUUACCUGUGUCUUUGGAGCAGGCUAAUUCAUGUGACCUCUCUGAGGUUUUGGCUGGUAACCAGGAACAGAGGAAACAGGAAGCAAACUGAGCUUUGUCCCAAGACACUGACAUGGGGAGUCAUGUGUACUUCCUCACUUCUUCAUUUUCUGGAGACACAGGGUUCAACUGCCUUCAGUCACCCUCUUAGGGUCUUGACACUAUGGUACUGUUGAGGGUCUGCCUCUUCCUUCAACCUUUGACAAGGACAAGGGCAGAGAUUCAUCUCUAUAGUAUUUGAAAUUUGCCAAACUUUUCUUGAUUACAACCUUGUGAAACAGGUAGUUGGAUAAUUGCUCCUCUCACACAGAUGAGCAAACUGAGGUUCACAGGAGUGAACUAGCUUGCCUAUUGUCAUAUAGCUAGUGUUGGAGCCAGGAUUGGUACCCAAGCCUCCUAACUCCAAAGCAAGUACUCUUUAGACUGCCCCACACUGCAGGAGGGGGCACUCAGAGAUCCCACCCAGGAAGUGGUUAGACAUGUCAGAACCUUGGAAUCGGAAGAGGGUUGGAGUAAAGGCGUGGGGGAACUUUCCUGUCUACAAAGAAUGGAAGGUCCUCAGGGCAGUCUGGUAUCUGGAUUUGGGGACCUGUGGGGUGAUAUUUAAAGUAAUCAGCUCAUAAAAUCACUCAGCUUAUAAAAGAUGCUACAGGCUGGUCUUAUAGUGGGUCUAGGAGUGGGACAAAGAAUCAGAAGAAAAGUAUUUGAACUAAACAGGAUGAAUCCAGGUUAGACGUCAGAUUCUCGUAGGCUUUAGAUCUCAAAGAGACUUUAAAGAUGACCUUAUCCAACAUGAGGAACUCAAGGCCCAGAGAGGUUAAGUGAUUUGCCUGAGGUCACACAGUUAGUAAGAGGCUAGGUUGGGAUUUGAAUCCAGGUGCUCUGAUUCUAAACCUGGUACUCUUUACUCUAUAUAGCACUGCUUAAAAGUUCCUCAGAGGAACACUGGAAUGGGAAGGGGCAGAUUGGUUUUGAAGAGUAGGAGACAAGACAUCAUGCAGGAUAUCUUGAAGUUCACCAGUAGGGGAUCUCCUUCUCUGAAAUUCUUACCGGCUUUGCUGUAUGCCCCUCUUUAAAUACACCAUCCUCGACUCUUUGUCCAUUGGCUGAGCCCAGCAGGCUGGCACUGGUAGCCUGGUGGUCAUCUGUUCCUUGGAAAGGGUCUGGGUU